AUGUCGACCACUCUGCAACAACACAUCCCAUCCGUACUUCCGGGACCGAAGGAAGACUCAAUCGGCAUCAACUCCAUCUCAUUCAAAGUUGCCCCCUACGCCCCUUCAAUCGACGUUGCUGCACCAUACCCCCCAAACACCAAGCUCCCUCUAUCCCUAACCCCGACAAAAAGCAGCCAACCGAUCGCCGCGUUGGCAUCUGUAAUCAGGGAACUCUCUUCAAAGGGCACUAUUCGCGAACUCUUAACCUGUCACGGCGGUAUAUAUUUCCAGAACUUGGGCCUCAGCAGCGCCGACGAAUUCUCGCAAUUCGCAAGUGCAUUUGGCUGGGUGUCACACGAAGAUAUCGGAAAUCCCGUUCGAAGAACGGUGCUGGCGUAUAAUGUUGCGACUGCCAAUGAAGGGCCGAAUACGCAGCCUGUUUAUCCGCAUAAUGAGUUUGGGUUGAGUCCUCAUUAUCCGGCUUACGUGCUGUUCUAUUGUGCUGGGGAACCGGAGACAGUUGGUGAAACUCCCAUCAACAAUUCGAUUGCCUUUUAUGAAGAACUUAGGAAACGACAUCCCGAAUUUGUAGAAGAGAUUGAGCAGAAGGGUGUCCUAUAUCAGCUUUUCUACCCCAAUACGCCUCGCGACGAUACAACGUCACCAGGUACAUCGAUCCUCCAGUCGUACGGAAAAUAUGUCCUUGAAAGCGACACGGUGGAGCAAGCCCGCACGAAGAUCGAAAAGGAAAUUGGACGACUCCCAACUGCCACCUGGGUAUGGGAGAAUCAGUCCGAGCAAAACCCACUCGGUGAUUUACGAGUUUGGCAGCGUUUGCCAGCAACGAGACUUCAUAAACAGACGGGUAAAGUAGGAUUCUUCAAUAAUAUUAUUUCUCGCUAUCUUGGUGCCAAAGCAGCGGACACUUUGGAACCUCCCUAUGUCAACGAAAAGGGAUUCUACCAGCCCCCAGCUUUUUAUGGAGACAAGACUCCAAUUCCACACCACUAUAUGGAGACAGCAGUGGAGAUCGUCUAUAAAACAAGGGCAUUAGUUACAUGGAAGAAAGGGGAUGUCCUUCUUCUUGAUAACCACGCAGUACAACACGCGAGGGAACCAUGGACAGGUCCAAGAAAGUUGCUUGCUAGUUUAUGGGAUGAGCCUGCAACUACAGCAGUUUGA